UCUUUAUCCCCCUUGCAUCCUCUCCAUCACUCAGGCAGACGCAUGCUCACGCAGAAUCGCACACAGCAGGCAGGCACACAUACACGCUCUCUCUCUCUCUCUCUCGCUCUCUCUCUCCAUCCCUCUCUCUCUCUCUCGCUCUCACACACACAUGCUCACACACCCUUCCUGGAGGAGCUGGGAGCAGCUGCAGCAUUAGCGUUGAAAGAGACUCGCUGCUGACUAAAGUUUGCACCCCCCACCUCUACUGCUACUGAAUGAACGCCAUCGGCUCAAGAGGUUCUCCUGCUGGAUUGUAAAGGACCGUGGAUAUCUAUUAUCAGAUUGAUUGCCUUAUUUAUUUUUAUGCUCUCCAUUUUUUUCUCUCUCUCUCCCCACCCUCCUGGUGGUGCUGUUGUAAAAGGACGAUGAGGUCUUGUGCUUGAUGGGGAAAAGAUGGAGGUGAACGUGGUGCUCCUGGCUGUCGGCAGACACCUGAACUUUCAUUGUCCGCUGGGAUGAAUUUAUAAUUCUCUUUUUUUUUCCCCCCUGAAGUUGGAUCUUUUGUUUUGUGGAUUCGACCGAGCUGUCCUAUGGUGAAUUGAGCUAUUGUCAAAGACUGGGCCUCUUAAGCUUCACAUUCCUGAGCAUCCGUCCUUUAUCCCCUGCUUCUAUCCCUUCCAAAGGAACGAGCGGAUACUAAAACACCUCCAGAGAGAGAUCUCCCGGCCGUCCUGCUUGCCUCCAAUGCCCCAUUUCCCUCAUCUCUACCCCUACCCUCCCUCCUCUCUCCUACUCCCCCCUCCUACAGCAGAGCAGCUACGUAAUGUGCCUCUCCACGCAUGCAAAUGGGGUUGCUACAAAUGGUGGCUGGGUCUGAAGCCAAUAAAAGGUGAUGUCAGGCGCCGUCACCUGCCAUCGCACCGCCGCUGCAGUCCCUCCACAUCAGUCCGGUAGAGCCAAGCACCCGAUGACAGCCACCCACCGUGCCGACGCCGUCGUUUGUAGCUUGGAUGUAAAUGAGACGUACGUGUGUGUGUGAAGGUGCACACUGCUUCCUGCCAUGUCUGGUGUGUGAUCGAUCUACCAGGACGCUCUUACUGAUGCGGGGGAGGCACUGAACCGCAGUUUGGUCGACCUCCCCCUGCAACCCCUUCCCCACCUUCUUCCACCCCUUUCCCUUUAUCCAUUUCACAACACCUAGUAAGAAAGGUGUCACGAUGAAGAAGAACCGCAGCAGCAAUCUGCGGCAGGCCUGGCCCAGCUCAGAGUUGACAGAACGCCCACUGGAGCACAAUCUUUCUCGUAGUGAAAAAGACAUCCGUGUGCAGAAACAACGUCUUCCUCCCCCCCCUCCUCCUCACAUCUCUCCAUCCCCUCCAAGUUACCGUUCACCAGGUGACGUGUCUCCACUCAGUAUGUCACCUAUCAGUCAGUCGCAGUUUAUCCCACUGGGGGAGAUCUUGUGCCUCGCCAUCUCUGCCAUGAACUCGGCCCACAAGCCAGUCAACCAGGAGGCUCUUGUGGAGCAUCUGACUGCCAGCUUCCCAGGCGUGCCUACUCCCAGCAUGGAUGUUCUGCGACAUACCUUGAACAUGCUGGUACGAGAAAGGAAGAUCUACCCAACUCCAGAGGGCUACUUCAUCGUUACUCCGCAGACCUACUUUAUCACUCCCUCCCUUAUAAGAACCAACAGUAAGUGGUAUCACCUGGACGAUCGGCUUCAGGAGCGGUCACAACAACCCCAACAACAACAACAGCAACAGCCUCCGAAAUGCACCUCCCCUCAGGCUGGAAACGUAACGCCAUCCACACCUGGCUGCUUAAAAGAAAAGCCUGCACGCAAAAACCUCAGCGAUUCAUACAACUCCUACCGUGAAGAAUUGUCCAGACUGCAAACCUCUGCACUCCAGACGAAGUCACCCAAGGAGCACAGAGGAGAUUCCUUCCAAAGCAAACUGCCCAAGGACCAUAACAAUGGAGAGCCUCCGCCUGGUACAUCAGCCAAGGAGCCCAGAGGAGAGCCACCGUCAUAUCCUUUUCCCCCGCCUGCUACGUCCCCCCCUGUCCAGCCAGCCCCAGCUCCAGAACCGGCCGAAAAGAGUAAAAGCAUCACGACGUUCCCAUAUAAAACAGACACUCUGUCGAAAAAGAAAGAAGGUGGAGGAAAUGGCGAAAAACAAUCUAAAAGAUUUGGACUCAGACUCUUUAGGCUGAGUUUUAAAAAAGACAAAUUGAGGCACUUGGCAAGCUUCUCAGCCCAGUUUCCCCCAGAGGAGUGGCCUCUCUGUGACGAGGACGUGCCAACUACGCCAAUCCCUCGCGAGGUGGAGAUGGAGAUCAUUCGGAGAAUCAACCCAGAUUUAACAGUGGAGAAUGUGGCAAGGCACACUGCUGUCAUGAAGAGGCUGGAAGAAGAGCGUACACAGAAGAAUAAGGCAGGGUCGUCUGCCCAGCACAGUGCACGCAGCAGAAGGGGCCGGGGACACAGAAGGAUGCCACACGCUAAGUCUCGCUCACACAGCAAGCCCCGAACCUCCAGGGGGGACCCCUCAGAGGGUUCCAACUGGGACAUUGUGUUCAUGGAAAGGGAUUAUCGUUUCUUUAGUCAUUCGUUAGUUCGCUCACCUCGGGAGGCCAUGUACACGUUGGAGCGAAUGCGAAGUGGAGGCGCAACGUAUCUCGUCCACAGUAACCCCAACAUUACUGAAUCGUAUUGCCCCGUCACUCCAGAAUGGGAUGUUUCAGGGGAGCUUGCCAAGAGACGGACAGAAAUGCCAUUCCCAGAGCCCUCAAGAGGAACAUGCCAAUCCAGAGUGCAAAGAAGUCACAGUCAUAAUCAGGACAGGAAGUCGCGACACGAUAGGUCAGAUCAAGCUAAAGAACGAUCCCGGUCCAUGGACAAUGCUCUGAAGGGUCCUUCGCUAGGGGCACCAGAAGACUUCGAGCCCAGCCUGGAGGAACACGGUCAUUAUUACACCGACGACGGGACACUGCGGGCUACUCAGAAGUCCUCCCACUACUCAAGAAUCAUGUUCUCUGCUGCUAAGUUCCACUCUGAUUUUAAUGUGCCUGAUUUGGGGAAAGGGAGUUUAGACGAGACGAGGAUCCGUAACACGAUAGAGAGGAACAAAAGCAGAGACAGCUUGCCAACGUAUAAUGAGCUGAUGGGACAUUCUCCUAAGCCCUCAACAGAUGAGUACAUCCAGUGCAAUACGUCAAAUGAAACAAUCCUAACUGCACCUUCGCCUCAGACAAAAUCAGAAUAUGACACAUUAACCUCAUCAGGGGGACUCCGAAAGAGCUCUCCAGCUGACCGCCAAACGCCUCACCUCACGUCUCCUCACAAGAUGGAGUACAAAGAGGACUUGUCGGCAGCAAAGGCACAGAACGGCUCAGUUCGGCUGACGCCGAGCCAGACGCCGGAGCCGGUGCAGAACGCUCGUUUGAUGCCACAUCAACACAAUGUCGAUCCUGGAGGGGGAGGGGGCACUUUGGUCAUCAAAAGGAAAGAGAUCUUCAGCAAGGACACUUUGUUCAAACCUCCACACAAUGCCUUGUCCACGGGCUACAUGGACAGCAGCUACACCAAGUCUGGCACAUUGCGGAAAGCCUCACAUGCCAAAUCAACAGAGGCCCUAGACAAUCCUGAGCCCCAGCAGCCUUCCAAUUCAGCCACUUCUUCAGCGUCACCUGCGGUUUUACAAAGCUGUUUAGAGCCAACUGUCCCCCCAGCCUCUUUCGACUAUUAUAAUGUAUCAGACGAUGAGGUGGAAGAAGAAGCAGAGGAGGACUCGCACAAACAGUUGGCAACUACAGAGGACAUCAAAGACCUUGGGGACAGUGGUGGUAAUGACGGGGGCGGUGGAGGGGGUGGAGAGGGAACCAUGCAGUGGCUGCUUGAUCCAGAAAAGGGCCACGAUCUGCAGCGUAAACUGGAGACCAAUCUUACCUUACUCAGCCCCAAAGAGACAGAGAACAGCAGCAUCCAGAAGUCAGCCCAUUCGGCACGUUUGGACAGCAUGGACAGCAGCAGUGUCACAGUGGACAGUGGAUUCAACUCCCCUAGGACACGUGAAAGCCUUGCAUCCAACACAUCCAGCAUUGUGGAGAGCAAUAGACGGCAGAAUCCAGCGCUGAGCCCGGGCCACAUCGGUACCAGCAGUAUGGGACUGCCCUUCAGCUUUCGUGCAAUCCCCGAACCCCCCACCACACAGCCUGAGAAACUCCAGAAGUCAUCAAACUGCCUGGCCUCCAUCACCAGCGUCUGACAGGCAGCGCAGACUGACACUAUGAGUGUGAUGGAGGAGCAGGGAAGUGAGGAUUUUUAUCAUUUUCACCCUUGUUAUUCUCAAAUGAAGAUUCACAUCUUCAGACUGAGAAUCAGUUUACUGGGACUGUUACACUAACAGGCAUGGCUUCAAGAGACUGUUCCCACAGAUAUAAAACUUUACUGCGAAAAAAAAAGAGCGCCACAGGAGGCGAACGCUCCAACCAGAUGUUCCUUGAUAUGGACUAUAGUUUGGCUAAUAUAAAGAUCCUUUAUUAUUGGUAUUGAAAAGUAGUAGACUAUAGGAUUCAAGUUACAUUGGGAAAUAUCAAAAAACUUUUAUAUUACUUAAUAAUAUAUGUCCAACUUAAUGUUCUCCUUUCUGAAACGACGUUGAAUAUUCAGGACAAUUCAAUGUAUCAGCACAAUGUCCAGACAAUAAAAGGUGAUCCUGAGAACAAUAAAUGGCAGAUAUAAGAACAUAAAUCCACUCAGAUUUGCGUACAGCAAUGCAAAUGAUGUAUGUAUACUCGAUACUUUUGAUAUCCUAAUUAUUAUAAUGGUGAUAUUAAAGAUGCUAUGUGACCAAAUCGAUGUUCAUUGGCUCUUGUUCCUGACUACGCUGGAGUGCUGGAACAC